AUGUAUAACUAUAAUUAUCUAAGUUGCACCUUCCACCAAAGGUCUCAAGGACCUUCCUGCAGCCGGACCCCGUAUCCCCUCCAUUUUACAGGCAACCUCCCAGCCCCACACGCGGGCAGCGAGGAGCCCAGUGCUGGGCCCUGCGAACCUGGAGCCUGUCUGUCCAGCAAGAGCAACCGAAGGCUCCGGGAAAGGGGUCUGCCGGAGGAGGCUGGAGUUCUCCGCCAGCCUCUCGGGAAGGCAUGCGACCGACCAGCACUCUCCGCUCCCGGCGACCCCACCCACAGCCAGGGUGCCCACCAGGAAGUGCCAGGCGGGUCCGAGCGAAGUGCAUCGCCGAGCCUGGGUCACCGGCCAGGGGCGCCCCACGUGUCCCGGCGCCUCUCGGACCCGGCCGGCCAGGCGCUGCGGGCGGGUGGCCUGGCUGCCCAGGGCCGCCCGGGGGUAACCCCGUCCCGGGCCUCCGACCCCGAUCGCGCUCGGGCACAACCCGGGCUCCAUUGUUCCAGCCUGGCCGCGACCCGGAGCCCCAGGAUCCUCCGCGAACCAGGCGUGACUCCCGCCGCUGCCCCGGAGCCCUUCCCGCCCGUCCCGCUCCCCGGCUCGCGCCGCCCAUCCGGGAAGGCCCAGCCGCGGAGCCCCGCUUACCCGCAGCAGGUCGGACACCGGUUCCGCACCACGUGUCCACGGCCACGCCCCCGGCGCGGGCCCGCCCUGCCGCCAUCCCGCCCACCAAUCCCGGCCAGGUUCGGAGGGCCGGCGUCGCCCCGCCCCCGUCCCGCCCACUAAUCCUCGGCUCUUCAGAGGG